AUGAUGAUCGGAGAAAGAAACCACGAUAGGCUGACCGUGCAUGUACCUCCAUGGUCCUUCAACACAGAUGAUCCGGCAUCUUACAAUCUUAGUCCUAUUAUGAACGUUAACGGCGGAAACGCCACCGAUGACUCGAUUAGGGUUUGUUUAUUCGAUCAGCGCUAUUUGCCGUCGAACUCGAUUAGGGAAGGAGAUUUUGCGGUGGACGCGCACACAUGUGAUAAUUUCAUGAUGUUUGAGUUUAAGGUGAGGAAAUGCUCACUUGGGAAGUCACAUGACUGGACGGAGUGUCCGUACGCUCACCCUGGCGAAAAAGCUUGCCGGAGGGACCCCCGGAAAUUUCAUUAUUCCGGAAGUGCGUGCCCAGAGUUUCGUAAAGGGAAUUGUAGAAAGGGUGACGAUUGUGAAUACGCGCACGGUGUGUUCGAGUGCUGGCUUCACCCUGCGCGCUAUCGUACGCAGCCAUGCAAAGAUGGGCUUAACUGUAAGAGAAGGGUUUGUUUCUUCGCUCACUCGGCUGACCAGCUUCGAAUUCUGAGUCCACGAGCCGAGUCGUACGACGGAUCACCACACAGGCUCGCUUUCACAUCAUCGCCGGAUUCGGGUUCUCCACCGACUGAGUCACCGCCGAUGACUCCUGCCACCGCCACCUCCAUGAGCUCCCUCAGCCGGUCGCUGGGCUCCAAUUCAAUCCACGAAAUGAUCGCUUCUUUGCGCCAGCUGCAGUUGAGUAAAGUGAAGUCCAUACCUUCUUGGAAUCUGCAAGUAGGUUGUUCUUCCUCCGGACUAGGUUCGCCCCGGUUUCCAAUAACCCGACCCGGACACUUCAGUCUGCCAUCAACCCCUACCAAGCCUGUACCCCGGACCGGUUUUGGGUACGCAGAUGCCUGGGAAAAGGAUGUUGGGUACGAGGAGGAGCCAUCUAUGGAGAGGAUUGAAUCAGGGAGGGAUUUGAGGGUCCAGAUGUUCGAGAAAUUGAGCAAGGAGAAUCCAAUCGGCAACUGGAGUCCGAACCCAACCCCGGCUCAGGUCCCGAACCAUGACGUCGAGUGGGUUUCCGAUAUGUUAAACUAA